GACUGUUGAAGCCUGGAAUUCCCCUCCCCUUCCCCCUCCCCCCUUUGCCGCUUUGUGGCAUCCCCCUCCCUCCACCCUUUCCCACUCUGAUAAUCUGGCCAUGACUAGCAGAAGCACGGCCAGGCCCAAUGGGCAGCCUCAGGCCAGCAAAAUAUGCCAGUUCAAAUUGGUCCUGCUGGGGGAAUCUGCAGUAGGGAAGUCUAGCCUGGUAUUACGUUUUGUCAAAGGGCAGUUCCAUGAGUACCAGGAGAGCACCAUUGGAGCGGCCUUCCUCACACAGUCCGUUUGUCUAGAUGACACAACAGUCAAAUUUGAGAUCUGGGACACAGCUGGGCAAGAGCGAUACCACAGCUUAGCCCCUAUGUACUACAGGGGUGCCCAAGCUGCAAUCGUGGUUUAUGAUAUCACUAAUCAGGAAACCUUUGCCCGAGCGAAGACAUGGGUAAAGGAACUACAGCGACAGGCCAGUCCUAGCAUUGUUAUUGCCCUGGCGGGGAACAAAGCUGACCUGGCCAACAAGCGCAUGGUGGAGUAUGAAGAGGCCCAGGCAUAUGCAGAUGACAACAGCUUAUUGUUUAUGGAGACUUCAGCCAAGACGGCUAUGAACGUGAAUGAUCUCUUCCUGGCAAUAGCUAAGAAGUUGCCAAAGAGUGAACCCCAGAAUCUGGGGGGUGCAGCAGGCCGAAGCCGGGGUGUGGAUCUCCAUGAGCAGUCCCAGCAGAACAAGAGCCAGUGUUGUAGCAACUGAGGGAGUGGCUAGCAGCAAACAAGUAUGGAGCUAGCACGAGAGCUAAGAAAUAACCUCCAUCCCCACCCCUCAGCACAUAGCCCCUAUGGUAACAGCACACCGAGCCCUGGCUCCCAAGGGCUGCCUCCUGACAGCUCCGUCUUGGCACUUUUUAACGCUUCAGCAACCAACACCAGGCAGCUGUUGCCACUGGCCUCCUCCCCCAAACACUGGGGCUUGGGGGGGUCAGAUUCCUCCAGGACUUACCUUCCAAAACAAACUUUCUUCACUUUGUAUCAUAGGUGCAAGACAGUGACUUACUUAUCUUUCCUCCUCCUCCUCCCCAGUGUUCCUCCCCAUUUUUUCAAAAAACACUUUUGUCUUCUGUCCCUUCCCCUUUCUGCUUUUGGUCAAUCCCUGUUCUUGAUCCUCUUUUCCUCCUCUCCCCAGGGUGGAGAAGGUGGUGAACCCAGGAUGUGAGGAAGGACGUUUCCAAUCUAUUUAGGGCCCUGGGGAGAGCUCAGCAGCAGGGAGUAAGGAAACAUUUCAUUAUUAUUUGGUUGGAGUUUCUCAUAUUUGAAAACUGCAGUAUCCAUGGGUUGGCCUUGUAGAGAAUGCUCCUAGGUAGAGGCAAGAAUGGGAAGGCAAGUUCUCAGGCACCAAGUAGGCUUUGUGUUGUUAGCUAAGAGAGCGGAGGUGCAAUGUCAUUUGAGGCUGGAUCCUUUCCAAGGCCCAGUUUUCCCUGACCCAACCUCUUAGAUACUUCUCCCCUAGACUGGGGAUUGGACCCAGAGUCCUCCAAAGAAUCUUCACUGGUUGCCUGUAUCUUUGGCUCUGCUAUGCUCUAAUUGGAGGACGGAGCAGUUUCUGAUACCCAUCUUCUGAGUUAUACAUAUUCAUUCCCUGCCUCUCCCCACCUCCCAUCCCCCACACCGGUCUUUAUAUGGCCGCACCCCAGCCACCAUAUUCCCCUGCAGUUUGCACUUUAACUGAUGGUAGUUCAGUUGGGAUACUUGUUUUAUGGGGGAGACUGAUAGAUUUAUCUGCCCUCUCACAUUCUGGUUAAUUAAUAGAAUCCGAGGUAUAAAUGAACUUUUGGGAGGGGUAUAAUAGAAAAGUACCAGUGGCAGCUACUCAAGCCCAAUUUCCACUGCUAGCUUCCUCCAACUCUGAUUAACUUACAUUCUUGCCAAUCUAGCUCUUGAGCAUAGGUUUGCCUUUCCUGGAAAAUUAACUGAGCAACUGGGUAUUAGUCUCAGGAGAGUACAGGCCAAGGCAGGGGAGUAAAAAGGGAGGCGUUUUCUCCUCGCCCAUAGUUCUCAUUUAAUUUGAUGUCCAUUACCAUGUCUGUUCUACUUCCUUGUCAAGGUAUGAUCUUUACCCACCCUGUACAGUCUGUUCUAUUACCAAUCGCCCAUCAGGCCCUAGUUCUUUUCUCUUUUGCUAGUAUCUUAAGUUUAGCCUAUUCAUCCUUAUCCCCUUCCCCGUGUAGCCAGUGAUUUAAUCCAUGUACCACUAGGGACUAGUACCACAGAGGGCUGCGUGUGACCCCCUCAUCAUACCACCUGUUCCUAUGGACAGGGAAUGACUAGCACUGAAGGUACCUCACAGAUGUUUCACAUCAUCAGAGGACCUUGGUCCUUUCUAACUCAUUAGCCUCUUUUCAUAUCCCUUAUCAAGUGUGUUUUAGGAUGUCUGUGGGAAGCCAUCAAAGCAAGAAAAAUCCUAAGUUUCUCCUUAUUGCAGCCCAAAGUUUUGGAAAAUUUUGGGGAAAAAAGAUUGGAAAGGCCACAGUGACCCAGGAUUGAAACCUUUCUGCCCUUUUGGCUUACAGACUGCCUUCUCUCCUAAAGCAGCUGAGAAAUCCAGGAAGCUAAGAUUCUGGAGGACCCAGCUUAGGUUCUUCCACUUAGGCCUCAAUUCCCUUCCUUUUCCAGGGGCAGCCUUAGAUCCCAUAGCCCUGAUACAUAUAUUUUCUCCCUUCAUUUAGCAGAACUAGCUGGCCCCCAGGACACCCAGUGCAUCCUUUUUACAAGUGGAAGAACUAAGAUUGCUCUCUAAGUCUCUUAGAAAUGAAGUUCUUUCUCUGUGAAGCUUUCCUGAUGGUCAGGAGUGAAAAUGUUUUGUUGCCUUGGGGCUGGGAAACCAUUUCCCCAGGCUUCUCCCCCCAUCCACUCCUUUAGGAACAGGAUUGGCCUUAGCUUCAGGGCCCAUCUGCUGCCUUCCCUCUAUUCCUACCAGCUCCUCUGCCUUCCGUUGAGCUCUGUUGGGCUUAGGGGUCUUAGUUUUUUAUUUCCCACUCUUCAUUUUAUUUUCUGAUCAGUUUUUCUAGGGGGAGGGUUUUUUUUUUUCUUUCUUUCUUUUUGCUUCUAAGAAAGCAUUUGCCUUUCUUUCCCUUUCUUCCUCUCCCAACAUAACAAUCGUGGUAACAGAAUGCGACUGCUGAUUUACCGAUGUAUUUAAUGUAAGUAAAAAGAGGAAAAAAAAAAAGAAAAGUG